CCCUGUCUGCAGCGGGUGGCGGCGGGAGAAGGGCGGCGGCGGCAGCGCCGUCACGUGAGGCCCUGCCUGGCGCUCGGCUCCCGCGCAGCCCCGCCGCCGCCAGCCCGGCCCGAGCCCCGCCGCCGCCUCGCCUUGCCGCGCCUCGCCUCGCCUCAGCUCGCCUGGGCUCCUCCGGCGCUCCCAUGCCCAGCAGCGAAGCGGUGCCGCUGGGGCUGGGCGCCUGCCGCAGGUCGGGGGCGCUGGGCGGGAUGCUGUCGCUCGUGGCGCGGCUGCUGGAGUGGCUGCGCUCGCUGUUCUGGAAGGAGGAGAUGGAGCUCACGCUGGUGGGGCUGCAGUACUCGGGCAAGACCACGCUGCUCACCGUGCUGGCGUCGGGGCAGUUCACAGAAGAUAUGAUUCCUACAGUAGGCUUCAAUAUGAGAAAAAUAACAAAAGGAAAUGUUACCAUAAAGGUGUGGGACAUUGGAGGACAGCCAAGGUUUCGAAGCAUGUGGGAGCGUUACUGCAGAGGAGUCAAUGCAGUUGUUUACAUGGUGGAUGCAGCAGACUUAGAAAAAGUAGAAGCUUCAAAGAAUGAGCUUCACAGUUUGAUAGAUAAACCCCAAUUGCAUGGAAUUCCAGUGUUAGUUCUUGGAAAUAAACGAGACCUCCCAGGUGCACUGGAUGAGAAGCAGUUAAUUGAGAAAUUAAACCUUUCAGCUAUUCAAGACAGAGAAAUCUGUUGCUAUUCUAUUUCCUGUAAAGAGAAGGAUAACAUAGACAUAACAUUACAAUGGCUUAUUCAGCACUCCAAAUCAAGAAACUGUUGAAGAAACUUUUGCUGAAGAUAACUCUUCCCCAAUCACUUUGACUCCUAUCAGCUAUACACACUGAAAAGAUAAGGAAUGCAACUGUCUACUACCAGGACUCACUGUGGUCAUAUUUGUUAACAGAAGUAAUCUGACUUGUAACUUGUCUGUCUGUUUUCAUUCUUUUUUUUUUUGAAUCCAGAUAUUCUCUGCCUAGGUGAAAUUCCUGACCGCCUUAAUACAAGACUGGAAGAAAUAAAUAAUUUUUUGAGCUGAAAUGUUUUGAGUUUAUGCAUGCAAAUUGUCAAAUACAUAGUACUUUUUUUCUAAUUUGAAACUGAAUAAAUUGUGCAGUGGAAACAGAUGA